AGAAUUAUAUAAAACCUUUCGCAAUUUAAUACGUGUCCUAGUGGCAUCCAUGCGUUUUUCUCGGUGGCCCUACCGGCCCAUUUGCGUACCGGCCCACCCGGAAUUGGAGCAAAUGGCCACAUAGCCAGUCCGCCUCUGUACUUAUAAAUCUUUGACAACAGCUGUAAAGCAAAUAAUUUGCAAAACAUUACGUUGUAAGGUUAUAAAAUAACUAAUACAUUUCCAAGACAGGAGAUCAUCAGAAUAAAGUGAGUAGGAGAUAGGCUUCAUCUGCACGACAGUGAUAGAAGUAACUUUAAAUAAAUUCCUCUUUUAAGCAUUUAAAGAUGAAAAUUGCAUUUUUGGCAGUUCAGUUAUAUUUUGUAUUUGGAUGUGAAGCUGCACCUUGCAGUGUGUUUACAUGUAAUGUAAAUAGUGCGUCUCUGGCCCAAUCCAGAUUAAAACCUAAUCUGCUCGAUCCAGAAAUUUGCCAAACUGUGAUAUUAGAUUAUGCUACUAGUCAGAACAAUAAGUUAGUUCAUCACUAUGCAGUCAGUGAAUUUCUUCCAGAUUUUAGAGCUAGCAGACAAAAGUUUAAAAACUUUAAAGGACUGAUUGAAGUUUAUAGCGAUGGAAGUUUUGGCGAUAACUUUUACACGAUGUAUCUCGUUCCAGAAUCAAGAUCAAUUUUCAUACAAUCAUGCAUAGACUAUGUACGUCGAUAUGACCUGGAUGGUAUAUCAAUUAGACAUUCACCGUAUCAAAGACCACUUUAUUUUAAAAAAUAUUUUCCAAUACUUCUUCAAGAAAUAAUGGACGCGUUUCGAAAUGAAAGUGAAAAAACGGGAAGAACUCGCUUGCUCCUGUACAUAUCGCUCUUGAACACCAAGUCACGUAUUGAAGAGGAUUAUGACAUUCCUGUAUUGUUUAGGUCGGUUGACAUUGCUGUAGUAAAUGUUAAAUAUUAUUCGUUUAGCCCCUUAAGAAGUUAUUGGACACAUCGUCAUCAAAGUAGACUGUAUGGAAAUACCACAGAUGAUGAACUGAAUAUAAAUUACACAGUGCAUUACUAUCUAUCAAAAGGAGCUGUAAAGAGCAAACUAGCCAUAUCAAUUGGUUUCUUCGGAAAUGUAUUUAAAAAGGUAGCUUUUAAGAGGGAUUUCAACAAAAGUUAUAGUAUUUGGACGCAUCUGGAUUAUGAUCUGAUAUGUAAAAAAUUAUAUGAUUACCAAAAACUAAAAGGAAGAAAAAUGCGAUAUCCUGAUACAUGCCCUUAUUAUUUUUACGACGAUGAUGAAUAUUUGCUUUAUUAUGAUGAUGCCAUUAGCUUGAUUUCGAAGGUCAGAUAUGCUAAAGAGAUGGGUUUGGCAGGUGUUGAUAUUUGGGAAGUUUCGAAUGAUGAUAUGACUGGAGUGUGCGGGGAAGGACCUUUCCCUUUGUUACAUCUUGUUAGUCAAGAAUGCAGAAGACCAUAGGAAUCAAAUUGUUGAAUAAUGGAAGACAAAAUGGUAACCUAAUUUACGUACAAUGCAUACUUUAUAUAAAAAAAAAUUAUAAUGGGUUACAAAAUCACCAUUGAAAUAAUUUACGUUUUGGGGUGUAUUGCAUAUUAAUUGUGGACUUCUUUCAAAAUUGAUAAAUAAACAUAAAAG